GGGAGACCAGAUAUAGUGAAUGCAGGGUCCGGGGAGACCAGAUAUAGUGAAUGCAGGGUCCGGGGAGACCAGAUAUAGUGAAUGCAGGGUCUGGGGAGACCAGAUAUAGUGAAUGCAGGGUCCGGGAGACCAGAUAUAAUGAAUGCAGGGUCCGGAGAGACCGGAUAUAGUGAAUGCAGGGUUCGGGGCGAGACCAGAUAUAGUGAAUGCAGGGUCCGGGGAGACCAGAUAUAGUGAAUGCAGGGUCCGGGGAGAGCCAGAUAUAGUGAAUGCAGGGUCCGGGGAGACCAGAUAUAGUGAAUGCAGGGUCCGGAGAGACCAGAUAUAGUGAAUGCAGGGUACGGGGAGACCAGAUAUAGUGAAUGCAGGGUCCGGGGAGACCAGAUAUAGUGACUGCAGGAUC